AUGUCCAUCCCCUCGAGAGCCUACCGAAUUGUGCUCCGUUUGCUUGUCGUCGUCGGGUUACUCUCAGGAACCUUUUUACUCUUUCUUCGAUACCAAUGCCUUCUCGGUGGUUAUCCAGGUGUAUAUGGCGGCUCGUGCUACAGGAGGCGGAACUAUGUGUCCAAUGACCUCGAGACGUACACCCGCGAGCCGUAUAACCCACCCCCGCACGUCGAGGUUGUCAUGGUUUCCACCCCGCGGGAGCAGUCAGCCGGGACAACAGACUGGAUGUCGAACUCGAGCUUCGCCAAGAUGACAGGGCUGCCAAAGACGCACGUCGAGGUCAAGAAGUACGUCGCCGGGGACGAAAGCGCAGAGUAUCACCCCCGAUUCAACAAGGGUCACGAGGUCUCGACAUACCUGAGCUACAUCGUCGAGAACUACGACCAACUUCCCGACAUCGUCUUGUUCAUACACGCCGAGGACAACGCCUGGCACGUGGAGCCUCUGCUCUUGGGAUCCCUGUCAUACGCCUUGACGAGGCUGGACCUUGACCAGGUGCGCGCGCGAGGGUUCGUCAACCUCCGCGUCAGCUGGAGGGGCGGCUGCCCAUAUGGCAUCAACAUGACCGGCACCAACGACGGGAAGCUCGUGGGCCAGGAGGCCCCUUAUAUGUACCAGGCGUGGGUCGAGAACUUUGCGCCGCUCGACAAGACGGCCUACUUCUCCGUCCCCGAGGUCGUCGCCGCCCCGUGCUGCAGCCAGUUCGCCGUGACGCGCGAGACUAUCCAAUCCAAGCCUAAGGCGCAGUACGAGCGCUCACUCAUGUGGCUGCAGCAGACGCGGCUCCCCGACUACUUAUCCGGUCGGGUUUGGGAGAGAUUUUUUCAGUUCCUCUUUGCCGGUAGGGCGCGCGACUGCCCAGACGAGAGGAAGACCUAUUGUACCCUCUACAAACUCUGCCUCGACGUCGACCAGUGGAUGGAGUACAAAGCAGCCGAGGAGGAAGACGCCGACUUGAGGCUGGCGCUGUCCAGCGUGUGGAGUGUCGUGUGGAAGCUGCAGGUGACAAAGCGACUUGCGCAUCUUGGCAGCACCAUGAGGAGGCUAAGGCAGCUGGCGCUCGUUCAGGGUCAAAAGGGGGAAGUGGUUAGACACAUAAGAGACUUAUACAGUGCCUUUGACGCCCUUGAAGAAAUCCGUGCAGCUAAAGAGGUCCACGCCCUCGACCGAACCACAGCCUUGCAUAACCCUAAGCUUACUUUCCAGAUUCUCUCGGCCGGGGCCAUUAGCUUCCUCCUCGGGGGUGCAGCCAACGCCGCCGUCAUUACCGGCCGCCAGGAGCUCAUCACCGUCAAGCUCUGUCCGCACGAGAACCUUGAAGGAGACUGCUGGUUCAUUGAUGUCAAUGAGUGCACCAACGUCCAGGAGCACAUGAACGACAUGGUCAGCUCCUUCGACACGGGUGAACGCACCUGCACCUUUUUCGAGAGGGAGAACUGCGGGGGUCACUCUUACACCGCCAGGGGCCAGAGGAAGACGCUUCCCAAGGACUUUAAUGACCAGAUCAGCUCGCUCAAGUGCAACUUGGGUCCAUAG